UCCAAAUUCAGUUCGAUUGGAAAAAAUAGUCUGCUAGAUAUUUCUUGUGUUUAACAUUCAUUCCUUCCUCUUCAACAAUUUCUGUGGUUUCGCAUUAAACUUUUAAGUUACUGAGGUGUUUUCUAAUCAAUGCCAUGAAUCAGGAAGUAGAAUCUCACAUUCAAAAGAAUUGUCCCUGGACAAAGCUUCCUCAAAAUGUGAAACAAUUAUUAGGUGGAUCAUAUAAAGAGUAUGAUAAAUGUGUGGUUGCACAUAGCAUUAAAAAUCAGCUUCGUUAUAAAGGCAACUUAGUGCGCCAUGUAAGAAAGGAUGAAGAGAGAUAUUAUGAGGAACUACUUGAAUACAGUAGGGUGCAUCUUGUUUUGUACCCAUACCAUUUAUCUGAUGUUAUGGUAAGAGGGCUGAGAGUCACUCCAUUUCAGUACUAUGUUUCUAUGGUUGAAGCUAUUAUGUUACAAGAAAGAAGCUAUGAUGCACUUCCAAAUUUUACAGCAGCAGACUGUCUAAGGCUUCUUGGAAUAGGAAGAAACCAAUAUAUUGAUUUGAUGAACCAAAGUCGUUCUGGGAGGAAGUUAUUCAGAAAAAGGAAUGCUAGAGAAUUUCUCCCAACAAAACCUGUACAAAAAAUGAUGAUAGAGCCUUGGUGGUUGGUUCACACAGGUUCCAUAACUGAGGAUGAUAUAAAGAUUGCAACUGAAGGCGACAAGUGCUUAAUAGAUUGUAUAAUUGACAAUGGUCCACGCAAAGCAGGAACUUUGAAUUACAAUGAUUUGCACAACCUUUAUGGCAAGGGUUUGGUGUACCUUGAAGUGCCUAUUGAUGCCAGUGAUCAUAUUUCAGUCCCACCACUGGAGGGUUUUGUUAUGAAUCGUGUACUGGGGGACUAUUUUGAAACUUUGCUGUAUAAAAUAUUUGUCUCCGUGGAUGAAAAGACGAGUGUUGGAGAGUUGGCCAAUGUCCUACAAAUUGGCGUAGAUCAAGUGAAAAAUGCCGUUUCACUUUACUGCCGCUUGGGGUUUGCUCGUAAGAAGAAUGCUGAAUUGGAACCCGGUACACUUCAUCCAUCAUGGAAAAAUGUUCUUAACACAUCUCCCAACCGGACAUCAUCUGUUAGUUCAGUACAAUCUGAUGAAGAUCCUCUCUUGGCCGAGCUCGCUGCCGCUUUAGCUGAACUCGGCACACCUUUACCGGUGGAGAAGGAAGUCCAUCGUCCUGUUGGCCCAGCUGCGGAUGAGAUAGACAAAGAGCUAGGUGCAGAACAGAAAAGAAUCGCUUUUUUGUUUGACUCAACACUGACAGCAUUUCUGAUGAUGGGAAACUUAUCUCCGGGUCUUAAAAGUCAUGCUGUCACCAUGUUUGAAGUCGGCAAGCUGUCCGAUGAAUCCCUAGACAGUUUAUUGAUAGAACUUGAUCGAAUCUGUACUGACGACAGUGAAGGAGAAGCCCAGCGCUACUUUGAGCACGCGCUAACCCUACGCUCGACCGUCCAGUUUUUGAGGAAGCCCCGUCCGGUUUUGGAGAAUGAUACAAGUAGUGGGACUAGUACUUGGAGCGGGGGUCUGGAUCUCAUUCGUGUUGAAAGCUUACAAUCGCUUGACGCCGAGAUCUAUAGCCGAUUGAUGCACAAGAACUAUCAUCUUCUGGUUGCAAUGGCUCCUCUAAGCCUUGAAGUUCGUUCUGGCUCUGUUGACGGCCUCCCGCCAUUUUGGGGUCCACCUUCUCCCGAAUUCACAUCGCCUUGGUUUAAACUCUUUUUGUAUCAACUAACUCAACAAGGACCGCCGACUUUGUUACUAGCCAAAGGCACACGUCUUCGUCGUUUGCCAAACGUUUUUCAUCGAUUUGAUCGAAUACUUUUAACUCCAUGGGGCCACGAUUCUGGACUGGUUCCAGCUUCAAAUGCUUUAGUGGUAUUAAACGAAGCGCUGACCCAUUCGGCUCUCAUGAUACAAGGUUAUGGUGCUCAACGUCAACAGGAAAAAUUGCACAUACCGUUCCCUUUUUUAAACCAAACGGAAGGGAAAUCUACACAAGAGGAUGUUUGGAUGAGUCACCCUACUGUUAAACGGGUUCGCCAAGAGUUGAAUUUGCAGAAUAGUUGUGGUUUUAUAACCAUGAUCAAUCUUGGGUUGGAUAAACCAUCCGAUAUCACCGAUGGAUCCGACCACAGAAGCAGGAGUUCAACGUUUUCGUCCUCACCCAUUAAUGGCAUUAAAGAUUCUUCGUGCGCUGAAAUAUUGCGCGAGGAGUUGGACAGUAUGGUGGACGAAGUUAGUGAACCGUCGAAUCUUCGUGCCAAAGUCCAUUUGGAAAAAUGGAACGAAGCUGACUGGACCAUUUUGAAUGUUGAUUUUGGCAUUCCAUUAUUCGAUUCGCAAUUAAAUAGUGAGGUUUGUGAUCGAAUUACCAGCCAAAAAUUGUGGCAACGAGAAACUCUAGAUUCUCUAAUGAAAGUGCAAAAAGCUCUGUCCGAAAGUUUAAUGGAGUUCAUUCGGCACAACGUAGACAUUUCGGUCGAAGGGAAACUAGUAGCGUCGGAUAUCGUUUUACCCACAAAAAACCUCUUCUUCCAUGAUGGCAAAUUACAUUCAUGGGAAGGGAAUAUCAACUGAUAACUGCAUUCUUAAAAAAAAAAUGUUAUUGUUGUUAACUGAAACAAAACAUACCAACUUAUAUAAUGUGAUCCACACAUUCCCUGCAUAUGCAAAACUUAUUAAGUGUAAUUGCCUUGAGGCUCUGGUGUCAAUUUAUGGUUAUCUUACAGUCUUAUUAAAUAUUACAUUACAGAAGAUUUUUUUUUCGUUAGCCCCAAUUGGAACCGUCAUUGUGAAUCACGAGUCAAGAGAUCUUUAGAAAUUGUUCGUCAAAAUAAACGGUUAUUUCAUGCUAA